AUGGACGUCGACUCAGAAGACAGGGCUGCCAGUGACCAGGAGCUCAACGCUCGUAUUAUCCAGGAGAUCAAUGACUUUAGAGCUGCAAGUCCUGGCAGUUUCAAACAAACGCUUCAUGCUCCCUGGGAACCAAUCCUCUUACUCGAAAUCAUGCUCUCAAAGUUUCUAGCCACUGGUACCAAGGCUCCUGAUACGAAUACAUGUGCUGACUACAUGUCCGAAACCCCAAUGCUAUGGGCUGGGCUUUCUGCAGCAUACAGCGCCAUGUCUUUCUCACAGCUGUUCAACCCUGUCUAUAUGCCAUUCUUAAGGGACCUUACCAAUCAGGAGGUCGGCAGGUUUCCGAGUCUUAGUGUUCACAACCUUGAAUCAGCGUUUAGAGAACCCUAUCAGGGAACAACACCCCAGUUACUUAUUAAGGUAUUGAAUGAGUAUUGGUUGUCGCGUGCGCGGCCACCAUCAGAGAGACCGUAUAAUUGGUCUUUGUCAAUUAUCCAGUCUUCAGGUAUGGGGAAAUCCAGAAUGGUCGAGGAAGCCACGUUCUCCAUAUUUACAAUCCCACUCAAUAUUUGUGAGGAGCUUGGCAAUGGUCACAAUACCUAUCCUCCUCCGGACAGGAAGUUUCGCAAUUAUUUUCAAGAACAUGGGAUGAAAAGCGAUCUUCUCCUACAAACAGAGUAUGCAGUUAUAUUGCACCUGCUAUUCACAAAGGCCGCCGCACUCCUCAAGGGACCCAUCUUCAAACAUAACAGCACAGCACCACUAGCACGGCAAUGGGCUAAUUAUCUCAAUGAAGGACGGACCGAUACCGAAGUUGGUAUGAAUAGGAAGGGGUUCCUGGAUUCUGUGGCCGAUCAGGCAAUGAAGGUGAUGUCUGGAGGCACUAAUGGUUGCUGCCACCUGCUGAAUUUUCUUGGGAAGAUCCGAUCGAGCCUAGGUGUCCAACUGGAACCGAACGGCUACAUAACUGCAAUGAAGAGGUCAUGCCAUGAGUUUACUAAAGCCUUCUCUGGCACUGGACUCAAAUGCAUUGUUUACUUUGAUGAAGCCCACCAGCUUACGGAACCCGUCCCACCGCAAACGCAAAACGAGACACGCCGUUGCUCACCCUAUCACAACCUUGGAAAAUUCUCAUCUUCAGAAAUUCGCUCCCUCGCAUGCCAACCAUCCAUCAGCUCGCAUGACUCAGGGCCACCGCCUCUUCCCUCCUUUUACUGA